AUGCUCAUCGGUUGGACUAUGUGUCUCAUUAUGCUGAUCGUCAUGGCUGCGUCUCCUGCUGGUGAGCCGUACUACACGGUACCGUCCGACCGCGACAUCGACCCUGCUGAUUACACGCCGGAGAUUGAGGCUCGCAUCAACUUUGACGCGGGCAACCAGGCUGGCAAAUACGUCAUGCUCAUGUUCUUCGCCGCUAUUGGCUACGUCCUAGCUGACGUCUGCGCCGACAGUAUCGUGGUGGAAUACGCUCAACGGGAGCCUGUUGAAAAGCGCGGCACGAUUCAGUCUGCCAUUUACGCGGUUCGCACUGUAUUCGUCAUCAUUGGCCAGCUUUUGGUUGGUUUCUGCUUCAAUAGUGAGGCGUACGGGGGUCAGUUCGACUUCUCGCUGAACUUCCCACAAUUAAUGGCCAUCGUCGCUGUCAUCACUGCGCCGAUCCUCCCUAUCUCAUGGCUGCUCAUUAAAGAGGACAAGCAGACGAGAGUGCCAUUCCGAAAGUACAUGACCGAGUUGUGGGACCUGAUUCAAAAGCGUGCAGUCUACCAAGUCGUUUUCUACCAGUUCUUCCAGAACGUCUUCUCUAACAUCUCGUACACUGCCAGCUCUCCAGUGCAAUCGUACAUGGUCGGCGUCACUCCGACCAACAACACUAUCAGUGAGAUUAUUAGCAACGUGCUCUUCAUGGGAGGCAUCAUGGCUACGUCCAAGUGGGGUCUGCACUGGAACUGGCGCACAAUGAUCCUCUUUACGGGUAUCUUCGUCAUCCUCGCGGAUGGUAUUACGACUUUCCUUACAAUUUGGAAUGUGUUCCGUAGCCAGUGGUUCUGGCUCGGUAUCCCGAUGGCCGUGCAGCUCCCGUACGGUGUGGGCUGGAUGAUCGGGAAUUUUGUCAUUGUCGAGCUGUCUGGUAUCGGCAAUGAAGGGGCCAUCUACGGUCUUAUUACUAUGGUCGGCAACUUGUCGUCUCCGUUUGCACAAGCGUUGACGCUAGUGAUUAAUCAGCCCCUUAACUUGACUACAGCUCGUAUCCAGGCCGACGACACGUCCAUCCGAACAGACCUCACCUACGCGGUGUUGAUCAUGUACGGCAUGACCAUCUUUUCAUGGGUCUUCCUGGGUGCUCUCGCGGUCUUCUACGUCAUGUUCGCGUUCGUUUGGUCCCUCAUGACCAAUAUCAUGGCCAUGUAUGAAUCCACAUCGUGUUUGAUAAUAGCUGGUGGCAAGGGAUGCUAG